CGUUGCCUUCAACCCACUACAGCCAUGCUAAAGUCACCUCGUACAUUAUUUGGUUACCUGCGUGUCUUUGGAACGGGUUUUACGUACUCACACUAUGUCUCGCGACGACCUUUACGGCAGCGAUGUCAUGUUCCGGCAGCUCUCCGAACUCGGCAUCCGUUACUUCGCUCUUGUCCCCGGCUCCACCUUCCGCGGUCUCCACGACAGCAUCGUCAACUUCAGCUUGGACGGUGACAGGACCAGGCCCGAAAUUAUCCUCUGCUUGCACGAGGAGCACUCGGUAGCCAUUGCCCAUGGGUACGCAAAAGUGGCUGAGAGCCCAAUGGCGGCGGUCGUUCACGACGCCGUGGGCCUCAUGCAUGCAACCAUGGCCAUUUACAAUGCCCAUUGCGACCGCAUGCCGGUGCUUGUAGUGGGCGGAACUGGCCCGCUCGACGCGAACCGUCGCCGCCCAUGGAUCGAUUGGAUACAUACCACAGGAGACGAAGCCGCCCUCAUUCGACCCUUUGUCAAGUUCGACGACCGGCCAGGCUCGGUACAGGCGGCGUUGCAGAGUCUUAUUUCGGCCACCAUCGCAGCCGAUCGAAUCCCCAAAGGCCCGGCCUAUGUCUGUCUCGACUCACCGUUGCAGGAAGAGAAAAUAACGUUACAGGGACCUGGAGCCGUCAAGCUUCCGGACACCCGGCGGUACUUGAGAGCGACACGGGCGCUUCCCCGCCCGUCACACCGGGACUUAUCCGUGAUCCUGUUAGCUAUUCACGUGGCUAAGAGACCACUUUUCCUCUUCGGCCGCGUCGACCGCGCCAAGUCGAGCUGGAACAACAGGGUCAAGCUGGCUGAGCGGUACAAUGCCCGUGUCUUGACCGACCUCAGAGUGGCCGCCGCCUUCCCAACCCAGCACCGCCUGCACGCAGCCCCACCAGCGGAGUUUCUCACCCCACAGCAAGUCGAGGUGAUCCGAUCUUCCACUCUUAUCGUCUCGUUUGACUGGGUUGAUCUGGCUGGAACUUUGAAGACGGCCUUUUACGAAGAUGGGCUCGGUGAAGCGCCCGAGGAAGGGGUACGCGUGGUGCACAUCUCGCUCGACGACCCAGCCAUCCACGACGGAUGGACCAAGACGCACUUCGCCUGGCCACCCCUCGACAUUGCCGUGUCAGCUGACGUGGACGAAACCGUAAGCGCCUUGCUAGAUACACCGCACGAGACACCAGCCCGGUCAGAUUCUCCCUCCUUCGGCCCCCUGUCAGCCAGCAUUACCACCACUACUCUUCCUGCUCAACAGCCCAGCGACAUGAACCCCAGCAAAAUCUUCAUCAGCGACAUCGCCCACACCCUCUACAAGGCAAUUUCACCGGACGACGUGUCCAUCUUGCGCGUCCCCAUAAGCUUCAAAGGCGGCGAUCUCCUUGCAACCCACCCCCUGUCCUACCUAGGCCGCGACGGUGGCGAGGGCGUCGGCUCGGGGCCAGGGAACGCCGUGGGAUCGGCCCUCGCGAUGAAAGACUCCAACUAUGGCCUAGUUCCCGUCGCAAUUCUCGGCGACGGCGAUUUCCUGAUGGGCUCUUCGGCCCUCUGGACAGCGGUGCACCACAAGAUUCCACUGCUGAUUAUCGUCGCGAAUAACAAGGCUUACUAUAAUGACACACGGCAUCAGGCUGAGGUUGCGCGGCAGCGGGGGAGGCUCGUGGAGAAUGCUGGUAUGAGCACGACAAUUGACAAUCCAGCGCCUGAUGUGACCCAGCUGGCGGCGUCGUUGGGCGCGGUAACGGUGGGGGAUGGGUUGGUUGAGAAAAAGGAGGAGUUGGAAGGAGUGUUCCAGAGAGCGGUAGCGGCGGUUCGCGACGGAAACGUAGUGGUGGUUGAUGUUUUCGUCGAGGAAGGUCAGCCGUGAAAGUGACGAAGGACUGGAUGGGUUGUUGAGUAGACACCCAACUCUAAGCAGGUCCUACACUGUCUCAGCUUUUACGCCAGAAGAUUCGAGAGACUGAGUGUAUUACGUUAACGUAUAUUAUCAGCGAGUGAGCCAU